UCCUACGUUCAAUGGAAUAAAAUUAGUAGAUUCGUCGCACAGCUUGCGCGUUGUUGUUAUAAUAUUGAAGCAAAAACUGGAGUCAAGGUGAUAUUAAGAAUGACGUUUAUUUUAAGGCGUUGGUUGUGGAAACACGCAAUAAAAAGGGCACUUUUACCAGUGAAUCAAUUAACGGUGAUAUCAAAUUUCGAAAUCCAUACAUCAAAGUAUUCUUUUCAUGGCGAAUAUGAAAUGCAGGAUCCAAAAUCAGAAGCUGAUAUCGUAAACGUAACGUUUAUUGACAAGACAGGAAAAAAGAUACCCAUCAGAGGAAAAGUGGGAGAUAAUGUAUUAUAUUUGGCUCAUAGAUAUGGGAUUGAAAUGGAAGGUGCCUGUGAAGCUUCCCUUGCUUGUACCACUUGUCAUGUAUAUGUAAAUCAUGAUUAUGUAGACAAACUUCCAAUAGCCGAAGAAAAGGAGGAGGAUUUAUUAGAUUUAGCACCUUUUUUAAAAGAGAAUUCAAGAUUAGGUUGUCAAAUUAUACUAACAAAAGAUUUAGAUGGUAUAGAAUUAGAACUGCCACAAGCAACAAGAAAUUUUUAUGUAGAUGGUCAUACACCAGCUCCACAUUAAUACAAUUACAUUAUCU